UAGACGGGUACGCGGCCAGUGAGUGUGCAGUCGCAGGAGGACUGGCCUCGCCUUCAGGCUUGGAUCCGCACACGGUAUCGCACGGCUGCAGGGACGGUCCUCGGUUGGAUGAAAGCCUGUCUAGCGGGCCUGUCAGUUCAGCGAACACCGCGCUUGCCGCUUGCUUUCCCUGGACAGGAGCGACGGAAGGCACGCCGGCAGCCAUGGCUUUAAAGAUUGUUAAAGGGAGCAUCGAUCGGAUGUUCGAUAAAAACCUGCAAGACUUAGUACGUGGCAUUAGGAAUCACAAGGAAGAUGAGGCAAAAUACAUCUCCACGUGUAUUGAUGAGAUCAAGCAAGAGCUCAAGCAGGAUAACAUCGCUGUCAAAGCAAAUGCAGUCUGCAAGCUCACCUACUUGCAGAUGCUGGGCUAUGAUAUCAGCUGGGCCGCAUUCAACAUUGUGGAGGUGAUGAGCAGCUCCAAGUUUACGUACAAGCGAAUUGGCUACCUGGCUGCUUCACAGUGCUUUCAUGAAGGCACAGAUGUCAUUAUGCUGACAACCAAUCAGAUUCGAAAGGAUCUCAGUAGUCCAAAUCAGUAUGACACAGGUGUAGCUCUAACUGGCCUUUCCUGUUUUGUGACCCCUGACCUGGCCCGUGAUUUGGCCAAUGACAUAAUGACUUUGAUGUCCCACACUAAGCCGUACAUCAGGAAGAAGGCUGUGCUGAUCAUGUAUAAAGUGUUCCUGAAGUACCCCGAGUCCCUGAGACCUGCUUUUCCCCGCCUGAAAGAGAAACUGGAGGACCCUGACCCAGGGGUGCAGUCAGCAGCAGUUAAUGUCAUCUGUGAGUUGGCCAGAAGGAACCCCAAGAACUACCUGUCCCUGGCACCCCUCUUCUUUAAGCUCAUGACCUCCUCCACCAACAACUGGGUCCUUAUCAAGAUCAUCAAGCUGUUUGGAGCCCUCACUCCACUGGAGCCUCGUCUAGGGAAGAAACUGAUUGAGCCUUUAACGAACCUCAUCCACAGUACCUCAGCUAUGUCGCUCCUGUACGAAUGUGUGAACACAGUGAUAGCAGUGUUGAUUUCCCUGUCCUCCGGGAUGCCCAACCAUAGCGCCAGCAUUCAGCUGUGUGUGCAGAAACUGCGAAUCCUGAUCGAAGACUCGGACCAGAACUUGAAGUACUUGGGUCUGCUGGCCAUGUCCAAGAUCCUAAAGACGCACCCAAAGUCUGUGCAGUCACACAAAGACCUCAUCCUGCAGUGUUUGGAUGACAAGGAUGAGUCCAUCCGCUUGAGGGCGCUGGACCUGCUCUACGGCAUGGUCUCCAAGAAGAACCUGAUGGAAAUUGUGAAGAAGCUGAUGCUGCAUGUGGACAAGGCUGAAGGCACCACGUACAGGGACGAGCUCCUCACCAAAAUCAUCGACAUCUGCAGCCAGAGCAAUUACCAGUACAUCACCAACUUUGAGUGGUACAUCAGCAUCCUGGUGGAGCUGACGCGGCUGGAGGGUACCCGGCACGGCCACCUGAUCGCCUCUCAGAUGCUGGACGUGGCCAUCCGCGUGAAGGCCAUCCGCGGCUUCGCCGUGGCUCAGAUGGCCAUGCUGCUGGAUAGCGGGCACCUGCUCACCGGCAACAUGCAGCGCAACGGCAUCUGCGAGGUCCUCUACGCUGCAGCCUGGAUCUGCGGCGAGUUCUCCGAGCACCUGGACGACCCCAUGCAGACGCUGGAGGCCAUGCUGAGGCCCAAGGUGGCCAGCCUGCCCGGACACAUCCAGGCCGUGUAUGUGCAGAACGCCGCAAAGCUCUUCGCUACGGUCCUGCAGAAGCACGAAGGCGCCACGGACAGCCAGGCAGCGCAGGACACUAGCCAGCUCCUCAUAGAGAGACUGCCGCUGUUCGUCCAGAGUGCCAACCUGGAAGUGCAGGAGAGGGCGUCCUGUAUCCUGCAGCUGGUGAAGUACAUCCAGAAGCUGCAGCAGAAGGAUGUGGAGGUGGCUGAGGAGGUGUCUGCGCUGUUUGCAGGCGAGCUCAACCCCGUGGCCCCUAAAGCCCAGAAGAAAGUACCUGUGCCUGAAGGUCUGGACCUGGAUGCCUGGAUCAAUGAGCCUCCGUCCGAGAGCGAGUCUGAAGACGAGAAGCCCAAAGCUGUGUUUGCUAAAGAAGAACCCAAACAGUCUCGAGCUCGCCAUAUUGAAGUGGAUGAGAAGGAGCUGGCACGGAGGAGGGAAGCCAGGAAGCAGGAACAAGCAAACAACCCCUUCUACAUCAAAUCCUCCCCGUCCUCCCAGAAGGUGUAUCAGGAUGCACCAGGUGUAGAGCACAUUCCAGUGGUACAGAUAGACCUCAGUGUGCCUCUUAAAGUCCCAGGGAUGCCCAUGUCCGAGCAGUACCUCAAGCUCGAGGAGGAGCGGCGGCAGAAGGAGAGGGCGGACAAGAAGAAGAAGGACAAGAAGAAGAAGAAGAGGGAGAAGCGCGGGAAAGGCAAGCGGGAUGACUCGGGCCCCGAGAGUGAAGAGGACAUCACGCCUGCUCACCAGGUGGACAUAGUCACGGAAGAGAUGCCGGAGAAUGCCUUACCCAGUGACGAUGACGACAAAGACCCCAAUGAUCCACACAAAGCCCUGGACAUAGACCUGGACAAUCUGUUAUUGGGUAAUGACUACAGGCCCCUGGCAGACAGCGAGAAGCUGCCGGUGAGAACGCACCGCCGCGAGGUCCUGAAGAGCCCAGAGGAGGACGGAGACCAGGACGGCAUCACGCAGGAGGCCAAGAGGAGGAGCAGCAAGGAGAAGAAGGAGAAGGACAGGAAGAAGAGUAAAGAGGAAGAGAAGAAAAAGAAGAAGAAAAAACACAAACACGUUGUGGAGGAGGAGCCACCGGAACCCCUGUCAGAGGAACCGGUCCAAUCAGAAGAGAGCGCUGAGGUGGCGGCCCCACCUACCUCUACAUCUGCCGAGGCCUCCGAUCUGGAUUUCUGGCUGUCUAGUGCUCCUGUUCCCCCACCCAUCAAGGAGGCCCUGGCCCCGAAGACGAGCGUAGCAGCGGCCCCGGACUCUGAACCAGAUGUGCCCAAAGAUGCCGAGCCUGAUGAAGAGAAAUCCUUAAAAAACAAGAAGAAGAAGCAGAAAAAAGAGAAGGACGAGAAGAAGAAGAAGAAGCGUCAUCACCACCACCAUCACCAUGGCGAUGGAGGAGGUGGAGAUUCUGUACAGAACGGCACUGUGGAGGAGGAGGAGGAGGAGGAACCUCUGCCACCCAUGUCAAACUACUGUCUGCUAGCUGAAAACUCCUACAUCAAGAUGGUAUAUGAUAUUCAGGGCAACCUGCAGGACGGCAGCCAGGUGGUGGUGUCUGUCAUCUUUGAAAACAAAAGCAACAGCUUCCUCAAGUCCAUGGAGUUCAAUGUGCUGGACUCCCUCAACUCUAAACUGCAGCGACCAGAGGGAGCCAGCCCCCACGAUGGCCUCGUUGUGCCCUUCCAGCUACCACCAGGGGUGUCCAAUGAGGCUCGCUUCGUUUUCUCAGUGCAGAGUAUCGUCAUGCCUCAGAAACUGAAAGGAACUCUCACCUUUAUCGUCAAGUCAGAAGAUUCUUCAACUCAUGAGAAACUGGACUUUAAACUGCACUUUACCUGCACGUCCUACCUAAUCACCACUCCCUGCUACAGUGAUGCUUAUGCCAAGCUGCUGGAGUCUGGGGACCUGAAGAGCAGCUCUCUGAAGCUGGAGGGGCUCAACAUGCCUUUCCACCACCUCCUGGCCAGGAUCUGCUUCCAUCACCACUUCUCUGUUGUGGAGAGGAUCGAUUCCUGUGCCUCCAUGUACAGCAGGUCAAUCCAGGGUCACCAUGUUUGUUUGCUGGUCAAAACUGCUAAUCAGACAGUCUCUAUUGACGCUAAGUGUGACGAGCCAUCACUGCUGGCCAACGUGCUGGAUGAGAUAAAGCAGACCUUCUCACAGUGUUGAUCACGCCUGAGAGACCAAUGGUGCCCUUGCCCCUCCCCCCCAUGCCCUACAGCUGAAUCCAACACUCAGAAUCAUACCACACACGCUGAGGCUGGCUUCCCCUCUUCUCCACCUCCCUUGUAUUUAUUCAAUCUCCUGUUCAUUUGUGUUUUUUCCUUUUUUGGAGAACACAAAUCCAAUGUAUUUAGGCUGUGUUAAUCUAUACUGCUCUGCACAUUCCUUUUGGGUCCUCUCUCUCCCCUCUCUCUCUCUUCAACCCUCUUUUCCCUGGAUAUCUGCUUGUCUGUGACUGCUUCAGUCUCAAUGACCUCUCUAUCCUCAUUGGGCUCUCCUGGUGUCUUAAUUGUCUGACAUCCAUUUAAUUAACUGGAUUUAUUUGUUGUUGUGAAUGUUGUUGGUUGUUGUUUUUUUGUAAUGUUUUGCGUUUGGUUUGCUGCUUUCUUUCAUUUUUGAAUUCUUUCUGCAUCUUUUCCCUCUUUGCAUUAAACAUGUUUGUUUACUGUUAUUUCCUGGUGUGCGUGCGCACGUGUUUGCGUAGCACGCUCUUACUUUCUACCUUUUUGUAAAGAGUUUCAAAACGUCCUAUCUCGAAUUUAUGCAAAAAAGCCUUGUCCCAGCCUCCAGGUGACCUAAGAUUUCCCUCAAACAUGGUUCGUUUAACCUAGUGCACUUCUGGACUUUGUGAAAAGGAUAAAAGACCCCUGGGUUGCAUGUCUGUCCAUGUGUCCUUACUCUGAAGCAGUGUAAGGAAGCAGGCGUAACACCAUUACUCAGUUGUCCAUUGGCCUUUUUCACAUGAAUGUAAAGCACACUGCUUUACAGGUUUAUUGCACACUAAAAGACUUGAAGGAAUUAUGUAAUGAACAGUAAGACUAACACAUAGUUGAAGUAAUUCUGUCAAGGUCAUUACUCUAUAAUUCUGUUGUCUCUCCAGGUGGUAUAGCUUAAUUAACAUUUCCGGGAACCCAGAAAAUUGUGUCCCUGUUGAAAGCUGACGGUUUUCUUAUUAUAUGAAAAUUAUUGACCAAACCAAAAGCAGGGGUUAAAUUUCCCUCUGUCAGUAUUGUAAGUGGUUCUGUCUUUUUUUUUUGUUUUUGCGCUUGCAGUUUAUGGGAAACAAUAUCCUGAGAUUUGCACUCCAUCCCAUCUUUCUCUGUGUCACUUUUCACCUACUACCUGUAAUCUGGACCGAGAGCAGACUCUUGUCUGUGCGUGUCUGCUCUUCUAGCUGCUGUCUUGUUUAUUUGGCAACUGUGGUAAAUUGGAUAAUUUUGUUAACCCCCCCCAAAUACCCUUACCAUACCCACACUACUGUACAUGUGCUGAAGAAUUGAGGAACUUGCUUAAAUGUAAUUCCUAAUUUUGUAUGCCUGGUCCAGCACGCUGUAGCACUCUGUUAUAACCUCCAAUGGAAAUAGUAGUCCUCUCUCCUUUUAAAAAUCUCAAAUUACAGUUUUUCAAUCAAAAAAAACAUUAUUCAACAUGUGACUAGUCUAUAUGGUUUAAAACGUGGUUUCCAAUACAACAGUGAAUGUUGAACCAUGGUGAUAGGCUGGUCAUUUAAGACCAAGGAUCUGUUCAUACAGAUUAAUCACCAUACAGCAUUGUUCAAAUUUUCAAGUGAGGUCCAUAUAAAAGCAUAAGGUGCCCGUUUUAUUUAUCAAUGAGCAUGUGAAUGCAACUUUCAUUGGACAUCUUGUUCAUGGAUGACGGUGGGUCAUCUAUAUGAACACAGUACACCCCAGGAUACAGAGGGGAGCAAAUGUAAUUAUUAUUUUAAAAAACCCUGAAGAUUGAUAUUUUCUGUGUAAAGUUGAUUUGAAAUUUAUACCCUGCAUGAGUAGAAAUGUAUACUUUUUGUUACUUUUGUCUUAAAUAGACACAUGCAUAAACCUCCCAAUCAUUCCUUUGUUACACUUUCUAGUUUUCUUUUAUAUAAAAACAUACAGUACAUUUAAGUAAAAGUUAGCUUCAUUCAUGCUACACCUUUGAUGGUAUAAUGUAUUUUUAUCUGGUGAAAGAGCAACCAAUUAAAAAAAAAAAGUCCUGGAAUGAUUUUAAAAAUGACAUUUUGUGUUAAAUGAUAUAGAUGAAAGGACAGGUUUUGUUGGUGUCAGAGAUGCUGAGACAGGCAUGUCCAAAUGGAUGAGUAAGCAGCUGUUAAACACAGCUCGAGAGAAGCUGCCCACGUCCUAAAGGUUUUCCUCCUGGCAAAGUGUAGUCCAGAUUUGGCUGGUUUUUGCUUAUAUCAUACAAUAUGCUCUCAAUGCUCUUCGUUUGAAGGUACUGUCUGGCUCCUUCACUAUGUAUUUUCUGACUGUAUGAUGUAUAAUAAUGUUUCAAGAAUAAAUGACCGAAGAGAAUGAC